AUGGCUGGGAACAUUUUUAUUCCGGAUAUUUAUAGAAAUGACACAAAUUUGAGUGAGAUUGACAAUGGGACUGAACAUCAGUUAUCUGAAAUGGUGUCUACGGAGUGGGUGGUAUUUCUAUCUCUCCUAUACUCACUAACUACCUUACUGUCUAUCGUUGGUAACGUCUUAGUGGUCAUAGUAUUUGUACGUGGACGGAGAUCACGGACAGACUUACGCCCGUUUCUCAUAAAUCUAGCUAUGGCAGAUCUGAUAAUGGCUGUGUUUUGUAUGCCUUUUACAUUUGGAGAUACUAUAUACAAAAGUUGGCUGUUUUCUGAGCCAAUGUGCCCAAUUGUGUUGUUCAUGCAAACGCUUUCAGUGUCGGCUAGUGUGUUCAUCAACGUCGCCGUCGGAGUAGACAGGUUCAUUGUUGUUACAUUUCCUCUCUAUUCCAAGGCGUCCCAGGCUCGUUCCAAGCAGGUCAUACUGGCCACCUGGAUAUUAUCUAUAUGUAUAGCAUCAGCUGUUGUGCCAUUCGCUCACACUCAACGAAUCAGAAAUACCACAAGGAUCAAAUGUUCCGAAAGUUGGCCGUCGGUUCAAGUACAAAGGUCCUAUUCAGUAGCCCUCUUUGUCAUAAUAUACCUGUUACCUUUACUAGUUCUCUGUGUAGCUUACAGUAUUGUAGGAUUCGUGCUGUGGAAAAGGACAACUCCUGGAAAUCGGGAUCAGAUGAGAGACAUGUUACAACUGCGGUCAAAAAUUAAGGUUUUGAAAAUGCUCAUCCUGGUGGUGCUCAUGUUUGGCAUCUGUUGGCUUCCGCUCCACGUGUUCAUUAUGGUCGUUAACUUUAACCCGGAACUGCUUCUGUAUAAAUCUGCGGACGAAGAACACUUCUAUCUCGGAAUGUACCUAGCUAUUCAUUGGCUGGCAAUGUCGAACAGUUUUGCGAACCCUUUUAUUUACGGCUUCUUCAACGAAAGCUUCAGGGCUGAUUUAAUUACAUUGGUGUACACCUGGUUUCCUUGCUGUGUAUGUUUGAAAAAUGCUGUUCCUGUAUCUUCAAGCGCCCGCGGAUCCGAUUAUCAAACGUUCAUACGACACAGAAGUAGCGCCCGAAGUGCAUCUUCCAGUUCAUGGUCAUCGAAGCAGUCCUCUUUACGGUCUAUGGCGAGCUGUGGUAGUAUAACAACUUCCGAAGGAAAGAGUGCUCCAAGAGACACAAAUCUCAGGAACAAUUUAUUGAGGAAAAAUUCUGUCCUCCUUGACGUCAUAAGUAUUCAAGCCAAAUCAUCCAGGACAAAUGGCCCCCGAGAUGACGUGUGA